AUGCAAGGGUUCUGGGAAACCAGCGACCAAGCUGUGUUGUCCGUACCUGUCAAUCCAGUCAUCACCGGUGCCAGCAGCCAGACGUGCGAAAAUACACCCACCUCGCGACACUGCUGGGGCGAGUACAGCAUCGACACCAACUACUACACCACAGUCCCCACCACAGGACACACCGUCGAGGUGUGGCUCUCGGUGCAGGAAGGCAUCUGCAAUCAGGAUGGCUACAACCGACCCUGCAUGACCUUCAACGGGACGAUGCCCGGCCCACUGAUCACAGCCAACUGGGGCGACGAGCUGGUCAUCCACGUCACCAACAAUCUGAAGUCCAACGGCACAUCAAUCCACUGGCACGGAGUCCGACAGCACAAUAAUGUCCACAACGACGGCGUUCCGGGAGUCACCCAAUGUCCGAUCACCCCGGGGGAGACCUUCACCUAUCGAUUCCAGGCGACCCAGUACGGAACCACCUGGUACCACAGCCACUUCUCGCUGCAAUACGCAGAGGGCCUCUUCGGACCCUUGGUAAUCCAGGGGCCAGCGACGGCCAACUACGACGAGGACCUGGGGACGCUGUUCCUGCAGGACUGGUCGCACACUCCGUCUUACAUCGACUGGACCGCCAAGGAGAAAUACGGCAUGACCAAAUCCCAGAAUAACCUGCUGGUCAACGGGACCAACACCUUCGACUGCCUCUCGAGCGACAGUGCCGAUGCUAACUGCGUGGGCGGUGGCCGUAAGUUCGAGGCCGUGUUCGAGCCCGGCAAGAAAUACCGUCUGCGGUUGAUCAACGUCGCCGUGGACAGUCAGUUCCAGUUCAGCAUCGACGGCCACACCCUGACAGUGAUUUCGACGGACUUCGUGCCGAUCGAGCCCUACUUCACGGACAAUGUGUUGAUCAACGUGGCGCAGCGGUACGAUGUCAUUGUCGAGGCCAACGCCCCGCCCGGUGACUACUGGCUCCGCGCCGGCUGGGUCAAGUCUUGCGCCGGUGUGGCCAACGACCAUCCUGAUGAUUCGACUGGGAUUGUUCGGUAUAGCACGGGGAGUCGCAGAAGCCAGAUUCAGUCGCUUCCGACGAGUGUCAGCCACGUCCAGCCACCCGCCGUCUGUCUGGACGAGCCUCUCGACCGACUGGUGCCGCACCUGCAGCUGGACGUGACCAACAUCACCGGCACGACGGUCGAAGACAUCAAUGUCCGGCUGACGGGGGCCUCGUUCUUCCAGUGGACGAUCAAUAGCAGCUCCUUCAUGCUGGACUGGACCCGGCCGACGCUCAUGCAGAUCUUCGACGGCGAGACUAGCUUCCCGUCGCAGUCCAACGUGGUCAAAGUGGAUAAGAAAUCGCCCACCGAAGCCAACGAAUGGGCCGUCCUCGUCAUCGAGAACAAGGCCGUCGCCCUGCUGGGCGCCAUCGCCCACCCGAUCCACCUCCACGGCCACGACUUCUGGAUCCUCGCCCAAGAGGGCGCCACCUGGGACGGGACGACCACCUCGUGGGAGACGGUCAACCCGCCGCGGCGCGACACGGCCAUCCUGCCGGCCCGGGGCCACCUGGUCAUCGCGUUCCAGCUGGACAACCCGGGCGCCUGGCUGGUCCACUGCCACAUCGCGUGGCAUGCGGGCCAGGGGCUGGCCUUGCAGUUCGUGGAGAGCCAGCGGGAUAUCACGCUGCAGGCGGCGGAGAGAAGUGGGUUUGACGAGACGUGCGACAAGUGGGAUUACUGGUGGGCGACAGCGCCGUAUCCGCAGGAUGACUCGGGGAUUUAG